AUGUCCAACGCACUCGAAGCAGGAAGUCCUAGUGCCAAGUCGACUUCUCCCGCUAUCGCCAGCUUUUUCUUCACGGACAGCGGCAACGGGCAGUUCUCCUACAAGCAGUGCGGAAAGGCUCGGAAGCAGGCCCCCGGGACGGGCUACACCAACCUCAUCAACCACCAGGCAACGAGCCACCCGGGCUACAGAGAGACGUACGACGAGAGCCAGCGAUCGUUCCACCAGUCCCUUGAAGCACACGGCUUCAUCAACCCACGCACUAUGGAGAUCUUCAUGUGGUUGGAGUGGGUUCUUCCAGUAUCGUCGAAGACUUUGGUGAAGUACAUGCGUCAUGUGGCAGACAAGGUGGGAAAGCGGAUCGAGACAGACAUGGGCAACCAGUUUGGCCUGAUGUUUGACGGGUGGACGUCUGGACCUACCACUUCAUCGCGAUCUACGGCGUCUUCACGAAGGGCGGGGCGCUCCACGAAGUCUUUGCUGAGUGUUUACAACAAGGAUCGCAGCAUGAUUCUAUUCAAGGUUGUCGACAACUGCGCUACAAACCAAGCCAUUGCUACACGAAUGGGCCUCUCGUUGGAUGCGCAAGUCAUCGCUUCAACCUUAGCCGUCAGCCGGUACCUUGAAGACUUCAAGACGCUGAUCGACCAAAUGCUGGCUCGUUAUGUGGAGAUCCUGGAUGCCAUCAAGAUUGUGGCUGCGGUGGAGGACCUGCUUCCUCGGCCUAGCACGCAUCGCCAGAUUGUCCAGCUCGUCACUAAGCUUGAGGCGCUAGACAGUGUCUGCGUCAAGCUGCAGGCCGAAGAGAGCAACCUUGCUGACUACGCGACGGCACACCACCUGAGUGCAUCUGCUCGAAUCGUCCACUCUCCGGCCUUUGCGAAUACCAUUGUCAACCUGCUAUCGGACCGGUCGCUGAGCUCUGAUGAAGAAGAGGCUGUUGCUCGUUUUGCUGGCCCUGCUGAUCUCGAACCAGCAGCUCCGAAGAAGAAGACGGACUUUGCGACGGAGACGCUUCGUCAGGCGAAGAAACCUCGCCGGGCUGCUGUGACCAAGUACAUCGACGUGCUGCAAAUGAUUCUUCCUACCAGCAAUCGAUGA